ACAGUUCUUGAAUCAAAGCAGUCCCUCCUCCUGUUACAUCACUGCUGCUACCCCACAGGCAGCUGCUGUCUCCAUCCAUAUUUAACGCACAUUACUUAGACAUGAACGCUUGCUCCACUCUUACACCGGUUGCAAAGGUCCGUUUGGGGGAAUGCCUUUCGUACGAGGGUCCGUUUAUUUCCCCGCUAUAGUAUGCAGUUUGCAUGCGGCUGGCAGCUGAUGACAUAGACAAGUCAAAGGUUAUCCAGAAGACUUCAGACACAAAGACUUACACUUCCAAGAUGUCUCUUAUAAAGGAUCAGGAGGAUGGGAGCAGUGCCAAGAUUCGAGGACACCCUCAGCCAAUCAGUAGUGAUGAAUAGGAAACUCCUGCAGGCAAAGACAUGGAAGACACUACAGAUGAGCCUUCAGUGAAGGAGCAACAGCAACAUGAAGCUCGGGAAGAAAUAAAGGCCGCUUCACUCCAGCGCCAAGACUCUGAGCCACGAGGCAUUAAGGGAAUCCUGAAGAAAAGCCACUCCACUAGUGUGGAGUCUGACCAAAGCGAAGGCUCGACGCAAGACUGUACGCCGGUCCGACAAAGCAACGUCAUCCUCAGCCGCCCUAAAAGCGAGGAGGAUGAGGAGUUGGAAGAGGAUGAGGAAGAUGAGGGAGACUUGGAGGACGAUAAUGAGGAAAUCGACGACGACGAGUCGUUACUGGACGACAUCACGGACGGAGGGGACUUCGGCAUCCAGAGGCGGCGGAGUGAGCGCAGCAGCGGUAGCAGCUGCAGCCGCGGGAGUUUGGAGGAGAUGCGCAGUCCUUCGUCGGACGAGAGCCUGGAGAUGACCUCCACAGUGUCUGAAGACACAGAGGAGCUAGAUAGUCUGGACGGGAGCCAUGGUUCCUCUAUCAAACAGAGACUAGCAGAGUUCAACAGUGGUGACAGCGAGAAGAAGGAGUUGACAAAGAAGCCUAAGCCUGUUGAGGCGGUCCACACAUCGCUAGCCGAUCGCUUCAACCAGCUUCAUGAUGCUGAGAACGCCUGGAAGAAAAAGAAAUCAGGCAUGGAGACGACGCCCAAGGUGUCGCUGGCCGAGAGGAUGAAGGUCCUGAAGGACAAGGAGGAGCUGUGGAAGAAUAAAGGCAAAGGUGCUGCCAACGAUUCCAGUCAGUUCACCGUAGCAGGACGCAUGGCCAAAAAAGUGGCCAAACACUCCAACCUGGCUGACGUAGCCCUUGCAGGCCUGGCCAGCAAAGAAAACUUCCGCAAGGUCAACCUGCGUAGCGCCAAGUCGACCGAUGUUGUCACCAACAACAGCACGCUGCCCUUCAACAAGCUCAUGCUCAUACGCAUCAAAGGUCGGAGGCACGUGCAGGUGCGCCUGGUGGAGCCCACCUCCAAAUCUCUCAACAGCGGCGACUGCUUCCUCCUCAUCACGCCCAAGCAGUGCUUCAUGUGGAGCGGCGAGUUUGCCAACGUCAUUGAGAAGGCAAAGGCGUCGGAGAUGGCGUCCUUCGUCCAGGCCAAGAGGGACCUUGGAUGCCGAGCCUCUCAGGUGACAGUGCUGGAGGAGGGCAUCAACACAGACAGCAAAUGGGCCAAAGAGUUUUGGAGUCUGCUUGGAGGAAAGAGCCAGUAUAGAGGAGCAGGAGAGCCAGAGGAGGAUGAGCUGUAUGAGAGCGGAGUGUUGGACUCCAGCGGGGUCUACAGACUCCAGGGAGACAAGCUGGUGCCGGACGAAGACGCCUGGGCCUCCAUCCCGAGUGUCUCCUUGCUCGACUCCAAAGAGGUUUUGGUGUUUGAUUUUGGCAGCGAGGUGUACGUGUGGCACGGCAAGGACGUGUCUUUGGGAGACAGAAAGGUGGCAGUCAAAUUGGGCAAGCAGCUCUACAGCGGCAGCUACGACUACAGCAGCUGCAGGGUUAACCCGUUUGAUGCCUCCUGCACGAAUAACGAAGUACCACAGCAAGGAGAGAGCCGUCCAAGCUGGACUCUGUUUGGUCGUCUGUCGGAACACAACGAGACGUCCCUGUUCAGAGAGAAAUUCCUGGACUGGGCCGAGAGAAAGAAGGAGGAGGCAGCCGUAACGGAGGAAGUCAAGAGCCCGGUCCACUCCAGUGUCCGCUCGUCGCCCGAACUGGACCUGCAGCCAUGCGAAGCCAGAGCGCUGCUGGACAACGAACCGGAGCCAGUUAAAACCGUCCUGGAAGGGGUGGACGUCCAGCGGGGGCACGGCGUGGUGAGGACCGAAGACCGCAGGCAAGCGGAGUUAGCCACAGUGGCCGUUGACGCCUGGCAUAUUAAAGAAUACGGUGAAGAGGAGGUGCCUGAAGAGAGUCUUGGACAGCUCCACGAAGGAGAUGCUUACAUCAUCCGCUGGAAGUACUCCAUCACCACACUCGUGGGGAAGCGACAGAAACCAGGAGAGCUGAGUGCCGGUGCUCCAGGGAGGGAAAGGACAGCUUGCUUCUUCUGGCAAGUCCUCCAGUCCAGCGUGAGCGAGAAGGGAACCUCUGCCCUUAAGACAGUAGAGCUGGGUAACUUCAGAGGCUCACAAGUUCUGGUGACUCAGGGAAAAGAGCCCCCGUGCUUCCUCCAGCUGUUCCAGGGCGGUUUGAUCAUCCACAAGGGCAGUCGAGAGGACUCUGUCAAAACCUCCGCAGUUUGGAGGUUGUUCUGCGUCCGCGGUGAGGCGGACGUGGAGGCCAUGCUGGUGGAGGUGGACUGCCACAGCGCCAGCCUGCGCUCGCGGGCCGUUCUGGUCUUGCUUCACGCUCGGGAUGGCCGUCUCUACGUGUGGCGAGGAUGUAAAGUGCAUGCCGGCGCCAUGCAAGUGGCUAAGAGGGCUGUGGACCUUCUAAGCCAGAGGUGUCCGUCUGAGUUGGGUCUGAAAAGCAGCAGCCGGGUAAAGGCGGAGGAGAUUGAGGAAGGAGCUGAGCCUGCAGAAUUCCUGAAGGUUCUUAGCGUGCAGGACAGGAAGUCCUACGAUUGCAUGCUUCAAGACCCAGGGAAGUACAAUUACACCCCGAGGCUGUUCCGCCUGGGUGCCAGUUCUGGUGUCUUCGAAGGGGAGGAGUAUCUGUAUCCUGCUAGGGUGACGGAGGGCGUCAUGGCCAUGCCUUUCCUGCAGGAGAACCUCUACUCCGCCCAGCAGCCCGCACUGUUCCUGCUGGACAACCGCAUGGAGGUGUACCUUUGGCAGGGCUGGCAGCCGGAAGAGGAGCAGUGCACGGGCUCGGCAAAGAUGCGCUGGGACAACGAGAGGAAGUGUGCCAUGGAGACGACGCUGCAGUACUGCAAAGGUCGGGUUGCGGGGGCAGCAGCCUAAGCAGAGAAGCCCAGACUUCCCUCUCCCCAGCCACUUCGUCCAGCUCUUCUCGGGGGAUCCCGAAGCGUUCCCAGGCCAGCCGGCUGACAUAGUCUUCCCAAUGUGUCCUGGGGCUUCCCCGUGGCCUCCUGCCGGUCGGACUUGCCCUAACGAAAAAAACAAUUAAAAUGUAUUCAAACACAACUCCUAAACCAAACAUGUGAAAUGUCUAAAAUGCCUGCAAUAUUGAAUCUAUGUGAGUUUUACUAGAAUCAGUUGUUUUUGUAAGGUUUGCAAAUACAAAAAUUAGGUUUAACACUUAAUGACAGUAUAACUGCCACACUCAAUUUGACAGUUAUUAAAACAUAAGUCCUAAACUACACAUGAACAUUUUCUAAUAAUGCAUGAAGAAAUGUAUCUUUUGUGAGUUUUACUAGUAACAUUUUCUUUUGUAAGCAUUGCAAAGACACAAGUUAGUUUGUUUUACUCACUAUGACUUUACUGUCACACUCAAUAUGACAGUUAUUUAAACAUAAAUUCUAAACCGCACAUGCAAAAUGGCUAAUAAUGCCUGUAGAAAUGUAUCUUUGAGUUUUACUGGGAAAAAUAUUUUGUAAGGUUUGUAAAGACACAAGUUAUGUUUUUUUUUACUCAAUAUGACAGUAUUACUGUAAUACUAAAUAUGAAAGUUAUAUAAACACAACUCCAAAACCAAACGUGCAUUAUGUCUAAAAAUGCCUGUGAUAUUGUAUCUGUGAGUUUUACUAGAAUCAAUUGUUUUUGUAAGGUUUGCAAAUACAAAAUUUAGGUUUUACUCACUAUGACAGUUAUUUAAACAUAAAUCCUAAACAACAAAUGCAAAUAGCUAAUAAUGCUUGGAGAACUG